GAUAACAACUUGCAUGAAGGUGCACUAAUUGGCGACUUCAAUGGGGAAUUCUGGAGUGUGCACUACUAGAAAAAUGAAUUUUGGCAUCAAGAUCCAUAGCUUUCUACUUUUCGUUCACCCUAAACCCUAUGUUCAACUCCUUUGAUGAUUUUCGUUAAGAUUGGUAUAUGGGUCAGAUAACAAUGUUCAUUUUCAGUCAUCUUAGUUUCUCAUUUGCUUGUUUGUUUAACUGGUUAAGUGCUGACCAUUUUUUAUUUUUUAUUAACUUUGAACUGUGCAUUUGUGUCAAUAAUGUGCUUUUUUUCAAGUAAUUUAAUUUUGCAUUCGUUUGUUCGUUUAGUUGGGUAAUUCAAGUCUGAUUUUUCUUGUUGAUUAAUUGAACUAUGGAUUUUGUCAUUGUGUGAUUAGGUGAGGAAAAUGGAUAUGCUUGAUGGAGUUUCCAUUGUGCGAUCUGAGAAGGUGAAGGAUGAGUUGGUUUUCGAUGGAAAUGACAUUGAGCUUGUUUCUAGGUCAUGUGCCCUUAUCAAUCAGAACAAGGAUAUCAGGAAGUUUCUUGAUGGUAUUUAUGUUAGUGAGAAGGGGACCGCAUUAAUAAAGAAGGUGGUGAAAAAGAUCGUUAUGGGGAAAAAGAUUGGAGCAUGUAUUUAGUAGAAAGUCUAAAUUAAGGGUAUGUGUUUAUCUAUACUUGCAGUUUUUGUUCAUCAGAUUCAUUAUGUAAUGAAUGAGCUAGUUAUACUGGUUGAGAGAUAGUUAGUGCAAUGUACUAAUGAAAAUAAUAUUCAUCCACUUUCUCUCAUUUCCUUCUAUGUUAGGUUAACAGUGUGUGCUACUUCACUUUCUGUAACUGGAACUUUGGAAAGUUAAAUUAGUUAUGAGCUAAUUAUAUGAGCUAUUUCUGAAUGGAAAAUGUGCUAGGUAUGACUUUUUAAUUGAUUCCAAACAUAACUGGUUUUGUUUUUUUUUUUAAAAAAAAAAAGACUUUUCACAUCGGUUUUGGCAUAAACCGAUGUGAAAUGUGUAGUUUUCACAUCGGGGAUUUGAUUCCACCGAUGUGAAAUACAUGUGGAGAGUUGAAAAAGAAAUGACUAAACAGACUUUUCACAUCGGUUGCGGCAUAAACCGAUGUGAAAUGUGUAGUUUUCACAUCGGGUAUUUGAUUCCACCGAUGUGAAAUACACGUGCAGAUUUGAAAAAGAAAUUACUAAACAUACUUUUAACAUCGGUUGCGGCAUUAACCGAUGUGAAAUGUGUAGUUUUCACAUCGGCUGUGUACCCGAUGUGAAAAGGUGGGGACAUACCACAUCACCUUUGUUUACAUCGGUUGUAUACCCGAUGUGAAAAGUACUUUUCGCCCGAUGUGAAAAGUACUUUUUGUA